AUGAGAACUGUUUCCGUCAGUACUAGGUUACUUCAAACAUUUACAAAGAGGUUCGCCACUAAGGCUGGUGGGGAGUCUGGAUACUAUUCAUUUUUCCCUCAGUCAUUUCCAAAUGGCCCACCACCCAAGGGUCCUUUUGAGAUCAAUGCAAAACAACUUAAGCAAGAAUUCCUUAAAUUGCAGGCACAGACCCAUCCGGACAAAGCCGGAUCGGUUGAUCCUAAUAAUGAAUUGCGCAAGAAAUUCGAACUGCGUUCAUCACAAUUGAAUAUUGCAUACAAGUCAUUGCUAAAUCCACUAGAUCGAGCUCAGCAUCUUCUUCUUCUACGAGGAAUUGAUGCGCUUUCUGAGCGUGACUCAUUACAAGAUGAGGACCUGCUUAUGGAUGUUUUAAUGGCACGAGAAGCUAUAGCUGACUCGAAUUCGCGUGAAGACUUGCUAUCACUGCAACAAGAGAAUGACAAACGUCUGAGUGAGUCAGAAACGGCAUUAAUAUCAGCAUUUAGUGAGGAUGACCUCGAAUCAGCUAAAAAUGAGACCAUUCGUCUCAGCUAUUGGCAAAAUAUCAAAAAUCAGAUUUCCGAUGCUCUCAACCAGUAA